GUUUAUUAAAGUUAUAUUUUAAUUUUGUCAAAAAAUAAUAAAAUGGUUAAGAUUUUAGGCAUAGAGUUCGCACCAAUUAAUAUACCAAUUGAAAGACGUUUACAAACCUUAGCUGUUCUUUAUUAUUGCUGUGAAUUUCUUUUAAUUGGAUUUUUAUCGCUAUUACUAUUAAUAAAUUUAAUAUUUACUAAAUAUUAUUAUUUGUCUAUUUUGUAUUUUAUGUGGUUUAUAUACGAUCGUAAAGUUUGCAAUCAAGGUGGUCGUUUGAGUGUAUGGGCGCGAAACUGGACUAUUUGGAGAUAUUUUGUUAAUUAUUUUCCAUUAAAAUUAGUAAAAACAGUUGAUUUGAAUCCAAAUAAGAAUUACAUCUUCGGUUGUCAUCCGCACGGAAUUCUCUGCGCCUCUGCUUUCGGUAACUUUGGUACAGAAGGGACGGGAUUUUCAAAACUAUUUAAUGGUUUAACGCCUCACAUACUAACACUUGAAACACAAUUCUGGUUCCCUUUCCAUAGAGAACUCUUCCUUAUGUCAGGUGCCUGUUCUGCAACUAAGCAAAGUAUGCAAUGGUUAUUGAGUAAAGAAGAUAAAGGCCAUGUGUUGGUAUUACUAGUUGGAGGAGCUAUUGAAGCACUCGAUGCCGUUCCCAAUACAUUGAAACUAACUGUCAAAAGAAGAAAAGGCUUUAUAAAAUUAGCGUUAAAACACGGAGCAUCACUUGUUCCGGUCCUAUCUUUUGGUGAAAAUGAUAUAUUUAUUCAAAAAGAAAGACAAAACAAUUCAUUUAUGAGAAAAAUUCAACAGUUAUUAACAAAAUAUUUGGGAUUUUCUCCGCCACUGUUUCAUGGUCGAGGAGUGUUUCAAUACAACUAUGGAUUUAUACCCUUUAGAAAAUCUAUAACAACAGUUGUUGGAGAACCUAUUGAUAUAACAAAAGUAAAAAAUCCAACAAAUGAAGAGAUUUAUGAACUUCAAGACAAAUAUAUUGAAUGUCUUAAGAAAUUGUUUAACGAAAACAAAAACAAAUAUGGAUUCAAUGAUUUACAACUAAUUAUUCAAUAA